AUGAGAGCUGUAACGUGCACUCUGCUGGUGUUGGGGCUACUUUGGGACGUUGUGAAGGCCCAGAACGCCGUCACCAGCCAAGAAGACGCAGCUGUGCCAUGCGGAAACUGGAACUGUGCGUGUGUGUUCAGGCACCAGCGGGGCUGCUGCUGUGCCAGCCGUCAGCUCUACGAAUUGGAGGAUCAGGCCUUCAGGAGGACGAUGGGCCUGAGGCUGAGUGUGUGGCAGCUGAUUGACAGAGUCCAGGAAGUCAUAGGAGGGGUUAGAGUUGCGUUCACAGCCUCCAUGAGUCCCCGAGUGAACUGCUUCGGCCCUUUCAGCACCGACAUCCCAAUUCCCUACAGCAUCAUCUCCCUCAACCACGGCAGCGGCUACAACCCCGCUCUGGGUAUAUUCACGGCUCCCCGCCCCGGCCUGUACUCCUUCUCCUUCUCAGCUUACUCCAGGGUGCGCAGGUCUGGAGACAGGAUGUACUACAAGGUGCAGCUGAUGAGAAACGGCGAGGUGAUGGCUUCCACGUGGGAGGACAACAGGGAGGACGUGGAGGACAGCAGCACCCAGACGGUGCUGCUGCAGCUGCAGAGAGGAGGCCAGGUGUACGUACAGCUGCUGACCGGCAGGCAGCUGUGUGGGGACAUCAACGGCCUAAACACCUUCUCUGGCUACCUGCUGUACUCCUCUGAGACCUAG